AUGGUGGCGACCCCUGCCCACAGCCCCAGCUCUUGCUCUGGGCAGCCUGUCUCCUCUCCUUCUUUUGGGAGCCACGAGGGGAGAUGUGGGGGAGAGAAAGUUGAGCUUCCCGGGUCCUCUCGCCGUCGCGCCUGCGAGCUUCCCUCUCUCUCCCCCUCGGCGGUGCAGGGCGACCUUACUGUGGCUGCCCCCAGGCGCCGGGCCCAGCCGGGAUGGCUGGCAGCGUGUCCGGGCUCGAGCGGGAGCCGCUGCACCACUCCUGCUUUGCGCCGCCAGUGUCUGUCCCACACGCCCCGCCCCUCCUCCCCGAUUGGUGGGCUCCGGAAAGAGGGAGAGCCGGGGCCCGCCCUCCACGUGCAGUCGGCCCCGGCUGCCUCAGAGUGGCGGGUCGGCGGGGAAGUUGGCUCGCCUCGCUCGGGUUGGCGCGGCCGCCGAGAGCGAGCGAGCGAGGAUGAGGGGCUGGGCCCGAGGGCCGGCUGCCCCCCGGGGGCGGCCUCUCCCCUUCUCGGGCCGGCUUCUCCCCUUCCUGCUCCUGGCCGGCCUCAGGAGCGCGGCGGGGCCCCCGUGGGAAGGCGAGCCGCGGCCUGCGGCGUCCCCCCGCGCGCUCUGCCUCCAACGGCUCCGCUUCCCGCCCUGGGCGGCGCUGCGGCGGGCGGUGGGCGAGCUGUCGCCGCUGGGCCGGGAGGGGGCGCUGCUGCGCGCCGCGGGCCCCGGCGGAGGGCCCCGCGCGCGCCUCCCCUGCCGCGCCUGGCCCCCGCGCAGCCCGCCCGGCGGGCGGAGGCGGCGAGCGGCUCGGCCGGAGGGGGAGGGCGCCGACGCCGCCCCGCCGGCGCCGCGCAGGGCCCGCGCCGGCCCCCUUACAAAGUGCGCGUCCCCGUCGGGGCGCCGCCCGGCGAGCCCAUCUUCACGGUCCCCGACGCGCUCCAGCGGGAGGGCGGCGGCUGGGUCGAGCUGGCCGCCCCGCUCUCGGCCGGCUCCUUCCCGGUGGAGCUGGACAGGGGCUCCGGCCGCCUCUACCUCAGCCGGCCGCUGGAGCGGGGAGGCCGGGCGGAGGUGAAGAUCAAGGUGCACCGGAUGGACGGGCAAGAUACUGACUGGUAUUUGUGCCGUGUGGUGAUUAUUGCUGUUGAAGAGGAGCCCAUAUCUUGGGAAAUGUAUCCAUACCCCUAUUUGGCACGUGUUGAUCCUGAGGCCCGGGAAGGCACUCAUGUCUACCAGCUUGUUGCCCAUUAUAGUGGCAGUGAAAACUCCAGCACUGAAAUAUCGUAUGCUCUGAUUGCUGGUGGUGAAGAACGAUUUGAUGUCGAUACGGACACAGGUGUCAUCCUGACGACUGGCUUGCCUUUAACUCCUGAUCAGGAGUAUGUGGUCACUGUUCUGGCCAUUGACGAAUAUGGCAACAAAAGCCCCUAUGCAUUCGUCUCCAUCUUGGCUGGCGAUAGGCCUCCUCAAUUCACUAACACAUCAUACAGUGUGUUUGUUCCAGAAAAUACCCCAACAGGUGAAAAAGUGGCUGUUGUUGAGGCAGUUUCUUUCCAGAGGCAGCCUCUCUCUUACACUUUGCUGAUGAACCCCAGCGGUCUGUUCUGCAUGGAGCAAAAGACCGGAGAGCUAAGUCUCACUCAUACGGUAGACUACGAGAGCGAGCAUCACCUUUACCAUUUUUUAGUGAAAGCAGUGGAAGGGAAGAGCUUGCUCAGCAGUGUAACUGAGGUCAUAGUUCACAUCACAGAUGAAAACGACUGUUCUCCCGAAUUUCAGCAGUCUAUUUACAGUCAAGAAAAUAUUCUUGAAUCAAUCCCUGUAGGCACAUCUUUAUUGCAAGUUCUUGCAACCGACUGUGACUCUGGCUCCAACUCUGAGGUCCUGUAUUUUGUUCAAAGCGUGGAUUUUUCUGUCACGCCUGAGGGAACCAUUAGUUCCAACCAGCGAUUGAACUUUGAACGAGAAAACCACAUGUAUGAAUUGGUGGUCAUUGCUGUCGACAGAGGGCAUCCUCCUCAGACAGGCACCGCCUCGGUGCGCAUUCGUAUGGCAAAUGUGAAUGACGAAGCCCCAGUCUUCUCCCAGGCUGUUUACAGAACUUUCCUCUCAGAAGAUGCAGGCCCUGGGACUUUGGUAGCUGCUAUCCAAGCAAAGGAUCCUGACGGAGAUGGAGUGUUGUAUUUAAUUGCCGGGGGUAACGAAGAAGGCAAUUUUGAAUUAGAGAGCCAUAGAGGGAUCCUCAGACUCCGCAGAAACCCUCUGCCUAGACUGAAAGGCCCACAAUAUGUUUUGAAUGUCUCUGCUAUAGAUGACAAUUCCUCUGGGGGACCCAGAUCUCUCAGUAGCUUUGCAGAGGUGGUUGUAGGAAUUAAUGACAUUAACAACAACAAGCCUGUUUUCAGAGAGUGUGCUUACUACAGUGACAGCACCUGGGUGUUGGAAAACCAGCCCCCAGGUACAUACGUCCUGCGGGUGGAAGCCUUCGAUGCAGACCUGGGAUUGAAUGGGGAGGUGAAGUAUGGCCUCAUGCACAGGGAUGGAGUUUCACCAGGUUUCAGCAUAGAUCCUGACUCAGGGGUGAUCACUACAACUCGCAGUUUUGAUCGAGAAAAGCAGAAGGAGUUUGCUCUCUCUGUGACAGCGACCGAUCAAGCUCAAGAUCCACUGAUUGGUGUGUGUCAGAUCACUGUUUCCAUCGCUGACGUGAAUGACAAUGAUCCGAAGUUUGAGACUAACCGCUACCAAUACUUCCUUCGUGAAGACACCCCGGUGGGAACAAGCUUUCUCCAUGCUGCAGCUCACGACGAUGACCAAGGGGUAAAUGCUGCCAUCACAUAUUCCUUACUACGGCAGGAGCCUGAGUACUUCCAAAUUAACCCCACCACUGGCUGGAUAUAUGUGAAUCGCUUAGUCUCCCAGACAUUCCAGAUAAAUAGAUCCAUCAUAGCCAUGGAUGGAGGGAACCGGAGCAGCAGCGCAGAGCUGACUGUCACUGUUACUAAUGUACUUAAUCAAUUGCCGCAGUGGGAGAAAAAUGCAUACUGGGUAACAAUCCCAGAGAAUACCAUCCGUGACACCAAAAUAGUGACUGUCAAAGCUACAUCCCUUCUUGGUGAUCCAAGGAUUACGUAUAACCUUGAGGAGGGUCAGGUUCCAGAGACCAACAUGCCCGUUCGCUUCUACCUCAAACCAAACCGAGCAGAUGGGUCUGCUUCACUUUUGGUUGCUGAACCACUGGACUUUGAGACGACAAAAUUUUUCACGCUAAGAAUUAAGGCUCAGAAUGUAGCUGUGAUUCCCUUAGCAUCUUUCGCCACUGUUUGUGUUAACUUAACAGAUGUGAACGAUAACGUUCCAUUCUUCACAUCCGGUACUUAUGAAGCUUCUGUACCUGAAGGAUCAGUUAUUGGGAGCUCUGUCGUGCAGGUUGUAGCUACUGAUCUGGACUCUGGACUCCAUGGAGAGGUGCGCUAUGUAAUACUGAAGGACCCCAGUGAAGAUUACCAGUACUUCACCAUUGACCCCAAGGUGGGAGUGAUUUCCACCCAAGCAUCUUUUGAUAGAGAGAAGAGAGGAUCAUAUUUGAUUGAAGUCCAGUCUUGUGAUUCUUCGGACUCCGCCAGGCCCGGUAUCUAUGGGCAGCCCAACACAGAUACAGCAUAUGUGCGGAUUUUUAUUAGUGAUGUAAAUGACAAUGCUCCCGCUUUCCCACAUUCAGUGUAUGAAAUUAAUGUAGAUGAAGACAAGGAUGUUGGGUAUGUUGUUUUGACAGCCACAGCAAAUGAUAAAGAUGAAGGAUCAAAUGCCAAGCUAAGAUACCAGAUUACUUCAGGGAAUGUGCGAGGAGAUUUUGAUGUGGAACCAGAAUCCGGAGCCAUCUUGAUUGCUCAAGGUCUAGACUAUGAGGAAGAGCAGCAUUAUGAGCUUCAGUUGGUAGCUUCUGAUGGAAAAUGGGAGAACCAUACUCUAGUAAUCAUCAAUGUAAUGAAUAAGAAUGAUGAAGCCCCCAUCUUCGCUCAGAACGAAUAUCACAGCAGUAUCUUAGAGGAACUUUCUGAUCUUCCCGUAGUUGUUUUACAGGUUUCCGCUAUUGACCCUGAUCAGGAAGCUAAUCAGAGCGCUCUUCGCUAUUCCCUGCAUGGACAAGGUGCCCAAAGUGAGUUCAGUAUCGAUGAGUAUACAGGGGAAGUCACUGCGAACGAGAAGUUAGACCGAGAAAAGCAAUCUGUGUGGCGCUUCCUAGUCCUUGCCACAGAUGAAGAUGGUGAGGGUCUAACUGGCUUUGCUGAUGUCAUCAUAGACGUGACGGAUGUGAAUGACAACGCCCCUCUUUUCCUUUGCAUCUCUGAUGGUUGUUUUAUGGGGCAAAUCUCUGAAGAUUCUCCAGCAGACUCCACGGUAAUGGAGAUGUCAGCAAUUGACCUUGAUGAUCCCAGAGCUGGGAAGAAUGCUGUGUUAACCUACAGCAUUACUCAGAACGUCCAAAAUGAGAUUAACCUCAACUUGUUCUCAAUUAGUCCAGUUACAGGCACCAUUUACACUGUGUUGGGAUCCUUAGAUAGGGAGAAAGAAAGCAAAUACCUGGUGGUGGUUGAAGCCAAAGAUGGAGGCGGUCUUACUGGAACAGGGACUGCCACUAUUUUGGUGACAGACAUAAAUGAUCACGCUCCAGCUUUUACACAAAAGAUUUACACGGCCUUCGUCUCUGAAGAUGCAAGCCUUAAUGCUGAAGUCAUUGAGCUGUCAGCUAUCGAUAGAGAUGACGGAGAAAACAGCAUGGUGACUUUCAGUAUUGUCGGUGGAGAUGACGACCACAGGUUCUUUAUUGAGUCUGACAGAGCAGAUAAGCGUGGUAUUAUCCGACUAAGGAAACGGGUGGACUUUGAGAAGCCUCAUGAACGGGUGUUUAACUUGAUGGUGAAAGCUGAGGACCUGGAUUUCUUUUGCAUUGCUUACUGUGUCAUCUAUGUGGAGGACUCCAAUGACCAUCCUCCUAUGUUUUAUCCCCAGUUUUAUGAAGUAGCAGGGCUGGCUGAAGAUGUUCCCAUUGGGACUAAAGUUGUGCAGGUUAUUGCUGUUGAUCUAGAUUCUGGGCUGAACGGAAGGUUCUCCUAUCGCCUGUUAAGCAAGUCAGACCCAAGAGGUCAGUUUUCGGUGGCCAGUGAUGGCUGGGUGAUAGUGGCCGGAUUGCUAGAUUAUGAGGCCGUGGCACAGUACCAGCUUGUGGUCAUCGCCACGGAUAUGGGACAGCCUACCAUGAGUGGCAGUGCCAAGGUCCUUGUGGCUCUUCUGGACGUAAAUGAUAACGGACCAGAGUUUGAUGCUCCGUACAGCCCAGUAGUUUGGGAAAACACGCCAUCUCCUCAGGUUGUCCAAAUGAAUGAAACUUCGACAUUGUUAUAUGCGAAAGACCGAGACAGCCCGUCUAAUGGGGCCCCUUUCUCCUUUCACUUACUGAGCGACAUUGGCAGCGUGGCCUACUUUAACUUGCAGGACUUCAACAACGGAAGUGCGAUGCUGACUGCGCUACAUACCUUUGACAGAGAAGAGCACAAGGUUUUUUACCUGCCAAUUCUGAUUGCCGACAGCGGCAACCCACCUAUGAGCUCAACCAACACGUUGAUGGUUAAUAUCGGAGACCGAAACGACCAUCCUCAUGCUGCUGGCUCCAUGGAAUGCCUCAUUUUCAGUUUCAAUGGUAUGCUACCCACAACCGUAUUAGGUCAGAUUUAUGCACCAGAUAAAGACGAUUGGGAUCAUAAAACAUACCACUUUGAAGGAAAAGGACCCAGGUAUUUUGUCCUCAAUGUCAACUCUGGCUUACUCAGUAUAAAAAAAGGAACUCCCCCAGGAACGUAUAACAUAAGAGUGAAAGUUACAGAUGGCGUCUGGCCUGAUGUGAUCUCUACUGUAAAGGUGGUUGUGAAGGAAAUCAAAGAAGAAGCUGCUCGCAAUGCAGGAUCUCUCCAGAUCAGAGGUAUCACUGCAGAAGAUUUUGUAUAUCAGUCGUCUGAGAGUGAAAGUAUGUACAACCAAAUGAAGAAGAUGUUUUCUGAAGUCAUACCAGCCCAGCUUGAAAAUGUCCACAUCUUCAGUGUCAUGAACAGUCCAGAUGAAAUACGAGGAGUUGACGUGUGGUUUGCAGUUCAUGGCUUAUCCUACUACAAAGCAGAAAAACUCAAUGGCAAUGUCGCUGCAGCCAAAGCACGGCUGGAGACUGUUUUGAAUAUCAACAUCAGCCAAGUAGGCAUAGAUGAGUGUUUGGCUGCAAACUGCUCUCAUAGCACUGGAUGCAUCAGCAGGAAUGAAUUCAGUCCUCUUCCCACAAUAACAUCUUCUGGAAGUGUUUUGUUGGCCUCUGUGACAGUGACGAACAGCUUCCAGUGUACCUGUGAAGCUCGGGAGAGGAAGCACCGAUCCUGUUCCAACUACCAGAUAAAUCCGUGUCUCAAUGGUGGUACCUGUAUGGACACAGACCAGGGUUACAGCUGCAAGUGCUCUGUGGCUUUCCAUGGGCCUGAGUGCCAGCAGACGCAGCACACCUUCAGAGGACAUGGGUAUGCUUGGUUCCCACCCCUCAAGCCUUGCUUUGAGAGCCGCAUCUCUGUGGAUUUCAUUACCGAAGCGGCCGAAGGCCUUCUGCUUUACAAUGGGCCAGUAGCACAUGUGAAGCCUGGGGAAGUGGACGACUUUAUUGCACUAGCGUUCUCGGAAGGUGUUCCAUCAUUAACAAUAAGUCAUGGCUCAGGGGCGCUCUUCCUGCAAUUGUCGAAGGAGGUCAAUGUAGCUGAUCGUCGUUGGCAUAACAUAAAAAUAAUAAAUGAUGGAAAGAAUGUACAGCUGAUCUUGGACCACUGUCUAAAUGUUUCGGGUACAAAGAGUGACGGUGAGCUGGAGAAAGUGUCAAAGGCAGAUCAAUCUAUCUGUAAAGUUUCUUCUGAAACUCCAGGAAAUGAAAGAUUUUUCAAUGUUCACCAGCCUCUCCAGCUGGGCGGUGUUAAGAAAGCCCUCCCAUACCAUGCGUCACAGAAGCACUUCAGAGGAUUUACUGGCUGCAUACGAAAUGUCAUAGUUGAUAGCCAGGUGUACAAUUUAGAGCAUCCCGCAGAAUCCUUAAACAGUGCACCAGGUUGCGCACUGACUGAUGGAUUGUGCCAGAAACUUGGAGUUCCUUCCUGUGGUAUCCAUGGCAAAUGCUUGGGCGACUGGAACUCUGUUACCUGUGACUGUAACACUGGCUACAUGGGACCAAGAUGUGACAAAGUUCUUCCAGAAUGGACCUUUGGAAGGGAUAGCUGGAUUCAUUAUGAACUGCAAAACAUGCUUAAUGCUUACAAAAUACAAGUCCAACUUAUGGUACGCACAAGAAUGUCCUCCUGUACCCUUCUCAGUAUGACCUCUGCCGAUGGAAAUGGGUACAUUAGAAUGGAGAUAAUUGGUGGACAUUUUGGUGUGAGCUUCAGUUUAGAAGAUGAGGGUCACAUGCUUCAGCUAAACAGCGUGCGCAUAGAUAAUGGACACUGGGUUGUACUAGCCCUAGAAAAGUAUUACAAUGAAUUUUCUUUGCGGAUUAAUGAUGGUGGAGGGGAUCAUGAGACAUUCUUCAUUUCGGGACAAAACAUACAGUCAGACUUGGAUUUGACAAGCAUUGUGCUGGGAAACCGUCUUACUAACGGUUCAGAAAGUGAUUUCCAAGGCUGUAUGCGGGAUGUCCGGCUGAAUGGCCAGCCUCUUCUGGCGGAUGGCAAAAGCACCGAAUACAGUUUCAUUGUGGAGCAACACGGCGUCACCGUCGGCUGCCAUUCUAGUUCCUGCAGCAAUCAGCCCUGCAGCAGCCCUUUCCACUGUGUAGAUCUGUGGAGGAAGUAUGAGUGCAGGUGUCCAGCUGGCAAAGUGGAGGUGACAGACAGGCUUACAGGCCUUAAACAGUGCACAUCAUCACCCUGUGGACACUGGAAUUGUAGAAAUGGAGGUACCUGCGUAGCACAGUCCCGAGACAAAUAUGUCUGCCAGUGCCCUGAAGGAUAUAAAGGAAAAUGGUGUGAAAUCAGCCCUGUGAAAGCAGGAAGACCAGUGGGACUCAGUUCUGGUUCUAUCUUGGCCAUCAGCAUGUGCCUGCUUGUCUUUCUAGGUUUAUUAGUCUCUUAUACCGUAUGGAGUCAAUGGGGAAGAUCAAGUUUUCGGAAAGGAGGAAUUUACUACAUUCCUGAGGAGCAUGAAAGUUGGGAAGAUGUUAGAGGAAACGUCUUCCAUUAUAAUGAGGAGGGAGGAGGGGAGCAUGACCUGAAUGCUUAUAAUAUAGAUGAAUUAAAGAAACCUCUACAAAGUAUACCCCAACUUUCGCCAGGGACUGCUGCUUCACUCCUCAAAUCACAUUCUGGACCACAGAGAAACCCACCCAUGAAUCACACAUCCCGAAGAAAAUCUAGUUCUUUGGUUACCAGUGUCCCAGACUUCAAACAUUAUGUGACUCAAAUAAUACAGGAAGCAGACAAUGAUGUGCACAGUCUUCCAGCAGACACCAUGCAUUUCUAUUGCUUAGAGGGGUCAUGUUCUUCAGCUGGAAGCUUGAGUUCCUUAGACAGCUGCAGCAUAGAGGAAGAUCUAAAUUUUGAUUACCUCAAUGAAUGGGGACCAAAGUUUGUAAAGCUAAAAGAGCUCUAUGAACUUCCAAAUGAAUGCUUAUAA